AUGGCAUUCCACGAACCUGGUGACACAAGUGACUAUGUCCCCUUAGUAGCCCUUAACACGAACGCGGAAAACAAUAUCAACAAUGAAGCCCAGAAUGUACAGCCCAAGUACAAGGAAAGGACUCUAUUGCAACGAGUUGGUGUCACCAGUUUUCUGACCAUAUUUCUUGGCUCUGCAGUCCUACUAUUGCCAGUGGUACUCUUGGCCCUUUUUUGGAGAGAAUCGAUGAUCGCAAUCGCUGGGGACGAGCCAGAGAGGUAUUGGGUCCGAAUCGUCAAUGCGAGCUGGGCUACCAGAUUAGUCACGGUAUGCACCACUGCUAUCCGAAGCGUGGUCGCUUUGCAGGCCGGUCUUGCCACUGCGAUGGUCGCGGGGAUUGCCAUGGAGACAACUGGUAUCCCUUUGCUACAAGGACCAGUUUAUUCCACAAUCCGGGCAGUGAAAGUGGCCCCGAGCAGCCUGUUAAUGGCGACCGACUUUCGGCCUCAUCUAUCGCUUUUCAUAGGGACACUGGUGAUUAUAGAGAUCCUAGUGACGACAGCGUCCCAGUUUCAGUCAACCAUCUUCUUAUCCGACUUUGCUGAUGGAACUUUUACCUUACCAAACAACUCGACAAACGUCAGUAUCCUCGAGAAUACAUUUCUAUCUACCACUGGGUGGUGGACGAUGCCUCCUAUGGCAAGCUGGACAUUCGCUGAGUUGUCAGAGUCCUUUACAGAAGGAUCGGACUAUCAUGACACAGGCCACACCUAUCGGGCUUUCCUCCCAUUUGAGGAUGAGGCCCAACGAACCAAGCUACGCAGGUUCAGUGGCCCGGUGCCGGUUAUGGACCACCGAGUCGUCUGUGCCAGUCCAUCUCUGAUCAACUUGACACUCGAUGCGACUGAUGAGUUUCAUAUGCAAUUGUCAGGUCAAAUCGCAAUGAGAAACAAGUCUUAUCCGAUGUUGCGGAAUACUGAAUCGCAGCCCUACAUCAACUUUACCUGCCAGCUGCCCGCACCACUAUAUUGGAGCAACCAUACGCUAAUAGAAAGCAGCAUCUGCUUCGCCAACAGCGGAAUGAAUUGGAUAGUGCUCUUGGAAGACCCCUUAGUCUCGCCUACUGCCAAUAACAGUACUGCCGGAAGUCAAUUGGAGGGCUAUGCCGCCGAUUCCAUUGUCGGUUAUCCCGAAGCGUCGACCAUGUUCAUGGUCCUAGACAUGGUGUCCGGAGAGGCGAUGAUAGAUGCGGUUGGCGCGAAGCAUGCUGUCCAGGUGACGCGUACCAAUGGACCGUGGGCAAUGGUGACGAAUGGGACCGACGUCGAGGCCUUACGGAUCUCCGCGUGUCUUACCAAUCUGGGCACCGAAACCCUCAGUGUAAGCAUGAACAGCUCCUCUGAGAACCCGGAGCCUACGAUGUCAUGGGAUACUCAAGCUCAGAAGUACCUGACUGAGAGCUCCCGUCGCCAGCUUGGCGCAUCGAGGACCCGAGAGAGUUUGACCAGCCGGGGGCUGCUCGCCCUCGGGCCCAAGUCUCAAUGGCAAAGCUUUCAACUUCAAAAUGACUUGGGCGCUUACCUCUCAACGCCCUGGUUUUUCUCAUUAUCGCUCAUCUAUUCCUUGCCCUCGGCAAUAUAUCUUACGAGUGCACUCGUGAAUCCCGUUAAUCCGGGUGUGAUUUUCACGAAGAAUGCGAUGGGAUAUAGCGCGAGCGCACACUUGACGCAUGUGGAUAUGUUUCAUGACACGCUGAACGCGACAGCGAGUCCCGCGUUGGCCUUGCAGGUAUUGUUAACGAGGAUCUGUCAGAUGGCUUAUUAUGAGCAGUUGGUGAAAUUGGACACUAAGGCAGCAGCAUCGACUGCAUUUUCCUCUGUGUCGUCAAUCCCAGGGCAGUGGAUCGGAUUUGUCAUCGGGACGGCUCUCAUUGCAACCCAUUCUAUCGUCGUUGGCAUCAUUACCGUCCAGUUUCUGAAAUGCACAGCCGGUUCCUUAAUUGGGAACUAUUGGCAGGCGGUUUCCCAAAUGGUUUCCGAAGACAGUCGUCCCAUUCUGGAGCAAGCGGAUCGUAUGAGCGAUGUGGAGGUCAAGCGCUGGGCUAAACACCAGUCGUUGGACCUAAAGAGCCGGCGCAUGCUUCGAUGUCAGGAUGAUGGACGAAUUGCUCUGGGCAUCACGGAGGAUGAAGUGUGA